AUGCACGUCCAACUGUACAACGACCCUGAAUCAGGUGUCUUUGCAAAUAAAAUUCUGCAUAUUGGAGAGGGAGAGGAUACAGAUUGGAUAAUUCUAUUUUCAGAAGAAUUUUCCUAUUUAGUGGCUACAGAAGAUAAACUUAUCAUGCAAGUUUUUUCCAAAUUGGAGGUUAAUAUAAAUAAUGGAGAAUGGUUGUCUGAGAGGGCAGUGCUCUCGCCAAAUAACGAUACAUUAUACAGCCUGCAGGUUGGACAAAGUCUUACUCCACCCUCCCCUCAUUUUCAAUAUGCGAUUGCUUCAUUGCUUCAUUGUUUCGUGUUUGUUUUGUUUGCUUCAAUCCUCAGUGCUUCACCACAGUGCCCGGAAUACGACUUGCCGUGUGAAGAUGGCGAAUGCAUAGACGGAGGCUUGUGGUGCGACUCCAGUGAAGAUUGUAGUGAUGGAUCGGAUGAAAAGUGCUGUAAAACGUCUAGUUACUGGAACAAAGAUCCUAACAAAUGCCCUUCAAAUUACUUCAAAUGCAACAAUGGUCUCUGUAUACCCAUAAUUGGUCGAUGUGAUGGAUUUUCGAAUUGUGAAGAUUUUUCUGAUGAAAAGAGCUGCGAAAAUCAAAUCUCCUCUUCUAAAAGUGACGACAUAUCUGUUCCCUCGAAUCCAGUCUCUCCACCGGAAGUACGGAGUUCAACAGCAACCGCAUCCACAACUGCACGUACCACAACCAAGCAACCUUCAGUUGAAUCCGAAUCGCGUGCGUCGCAUGACACUGCUCAUGGAGUAGACUAUUCUGUUCAAAACGUAUAUUCAAACUUGCGUCCUUCUCAUCCCUCCUCUCUGCGCGAAAGGGCGAGAACAUGGCUUCUUUCACAAAGGAGAAGCGACUUUGGCUGGGGAGACGAAACUCCAAGAGCUCUAACUGCUUUAUAUCUCUCUGAUGUACAACAGUCGAGUAGAAGAAAUGAAAUCGAUAUGUUGAUGGUGAAACAACUUGAAGUGCAGCUGUCUUUAGAUAUAGCCAGAAACGGAACAAAACCUAUGAAGCUGACGAAUCUUGCUUUUUAUAUAAAUGCUCUUACGGCUGGUUGUAAAGAUGCUAAGAACUUUUAUGGUGAGGACUUGGUCCAAACGUUGCGAAACGGCGUUAAUGCUGCCCAGAGAGAAUCCAAAUUAAUUAACCCAUCUGUUUAUCUGACUCUUUGUAUCAACAACGCUUCAACUUACGAUGACACAAGGAAACUACAUGACAUAUUUUUAAGCAGAAAUGCCGCAGUUAGCAGAAUAGAUAUACAAGCACUGGCGCUGUUGGCUUUUACAUGCAUAUUUCGAAAUACGAAUUUCCUUGCUGCUUCGGUGUAUGAUGGCCUCAAGAAUCAGUUUGUUCAGAGACUGAACGUUGGUGGUAUACCAGGACAUGUUUACGAAGCGGCUUUGCUCGCACAGGCUUUACAUGAACUGAAAGUGACUCAGCCAGGCCUACUGGAAUUCAUACUCAAACAACAGCAAGAAGACGGCUCAUUCGGUGGCAUAUUAGCAACAUACUUGGUAUUACCCGUUCUAGCUGGUCGAAGUUUUCUGCAAAUGAACGACCACUGCGGCCAACGGUACAGCACAGAUCUUGCUCCCAUUGAGGUACUGAAAAACUCGAAGCGUAGGAAGAUGUAUGUACAGUACGCUCUGAACUAUGGCAAUCCUCCUGAAAUAUCGCAAAGGAUCCAAAUGCAAGUUGCAGAAGGUAUCAACUUCUUGGAUGUUAUGAGACUUGCUCAAGAAAUCAAUCCGAAAUACAAGUUUAUGUUGGAUGGUCAUCGUGACAAUCCAGUUGUUUAUUCAAUUGGUGGUAUUCCCAACGAUGCUGAAAAAGGAAUGUUUUGGACGCUUCACUUGGCUUCCAAUAGUAACAGAGCUAAAGGUGAAGCAGGGAGACCUACUCCGUAUUCAGGAAAUAUCAAGGAACUGAUUCCCCAUGCCAAUGACGAAUUCGUGUUUUGGAUGCAAUCCAUAUAAUUCCCUAACAAAGUUGUUUCUGUUAUUUAUUGCGGACAUUUAAACUAAAAAUAAAUUGUUUUUAAUCUUU